AUGCAAUGCAGAUUGACGGACAUCAAGGGCGCCAUCGAGAGCAAACGAACCUUCAGUACCUUGGGCUCAGAAUGGGAAAACAAGCUGCUUGCUGCAUCUUGGGGCUGUGCGCCCCGCUUUCAUGGUAGCGGAGCCUUCGGGCUUAGCACUCUGCGGUUAGACCCGCGGGUGCUGCUGGCUGCGGAUUGCCCCGCGCCAGCAGUUGGUUGCGGGUCAGCCCCGCACCAACAAACCCGCACUGGCAAGACGGCUCCUAAGAAGAAGCCGAACAAGCGUGGGAAGCGCUCGGCAGAGCGCACUGAGGCCCGGCAACAAAGGGGCCAAGAAAGAAGGAGGCUCGCCCAACAGGAGCGGGUCGAGACGAGUUAUCCCGAACUGGUAGGGGGAGCCAGUUCAUCUCGGGAAGCCCCCACUAGGACGGUUGUCGUAGAGGACACAACCGGCCCGAAGCCAAGAGUAAGAAGGACUCCCAGAAAGAGGGUCAGAGAAGAAGGGGGUGUACGAGUGAAACGCCUGGGUGUCACCCUCAUCAACCUAAGGGAGCGGGAAGCACCGCCCCUUAGACUCAGGUCAGUUGCAAGGGCCGGGACAGGUGCCAAACUCAGGUCAGCUCCAAGACAGGAACAACAUAGAAGGCAGGUUCGUGAGAACUACGCCGAGGGUGCCAAGGCGAUCCAAGCAGCAAGAGGAGUCUGGCAUCAAAGGAGGUUUGCCCAACGAGUUCAGCUGACAAGGAGCAUUCGAGCUCUUACACCAAGAGGCACCGUCGGAGAACAGGUGCGCAGGCAACUUUCUGAGGAGUGCUCGAGUUGUGACGAGCGUACCAAGAAGAACAGACCAGAAGCUGCAAAGUUUGCCAACAAAAGGCUCAAGAGGUUGACCUUUGUCCCUGUCAAGCCUGAGUUGACACCGCUAUUGCAGAAGUACCACGUUCCAACGACCAAGAAAGCUAAGAAGAAGGUGGUUGAAGAGGACGACGAGCCGGACACCACCAACCCUGUGAAUAAGAAGAAAGAUGGACCCCCAGAUCAAUCAGAUGGAGAUGGGGACAGCCCAGAUUGGGGAGCAGAUGACAGCUCUGAGAGGGCACGUGCAAUCUCCAUCAACACAGUUGAGGAGGUGCCCAGGAAUUCUAGCGCAAACGCCGCUAGUUCCUCAGGUUUUGGAAUUGUGGACACCAGAACCUUGGGGAAACCAGAAGUAUUCAAAGGGGAUGCAACAGAGUUCCCCGAUUGGUGUUUCAUCUUCAGGUCAUACAUGUCUUGCAUCAACGUUGCAUACAAUGACCUGAUGGACCGGGCUGAGAGAAGCCAAACGCCAUUGCCCAACAGAGCGCUCUCAGAAACAGAGAGGACACUCUCAGGCCAGCUGUACUUCGUGCUGGUCAUGCUGCUGAGGAACCGGGCAUUGGACAUAGCCUACAACGCUGGAGUGUCAGAGGGCAUUGAGGCCUACAGGAGACUCUACCAGCAGUAUCACCCCAAGGAGACGCUCAUUGCAGCUGCCGUCAACAAUGGCACGCAGGAGAUUUUGGUGGACACCGGGGCUGGAAGCGGCACAAAGGGGCACGUGGACUGUGAUUGGUCCAGACGCUCAGACGUGAUGGCAGCCAUCAGACCUGCCAAGAAAGCUGUUCCAGCGGAAGCGUUGGAGGAAGAGGCGCGAGAACCGGGUGCAGUUGGGGAAAUGGAAGUAGAGGACCCCCAACAAGUUGAACCCCCUCUCCCUGAACUUGGGGAACCGCCUGCUGAACCAUCUGAACCAGCAAGGCCAGUAAGAGCCAAGAAAAUCCCAGAUACGGUCACCAAAGCCGAGUAUGACAACCACAUGAUUACACACCUUCCUUUUAGAAAUUGGUGUGAGUUUUGUAUGGCUGGAAAAAUUCGUGAGGAUAGUCACCGUAGAAGAACUCCAGGAGACGACAAGGAAGUCCCCAGAGUUUCAAUGGACUAUUGCUUUUUGGGCAGAGUUCUUGACAACACCAAGUCUGAAGAGACAACGGUGGCUGAGUUGAAAGAGCCAACAGAAGAAGCAGAAGGAGUCAUGCCCGUUUUGGUAGUCACUGACGAAAGAACAGGCUGCGUUUUCAGCAGCGUUGUGCAAAAGGGAGUGAAUGAUCACGCCGUCAAUGUGGUAGUAGAAGCUUUGAAGUUUUGUGGUAGACAGAAAGCCAUCCUGCAAACAGAUGCCGAACACAGCAUCAAAGCACUUGCAGAGGCAUCAGCCGUGAAGUAUGGCAAAGAGGUGCAACACCAAACUGCGCCACAUGAAUCUCACGCGUCCAAUGGGGCCGCUGAAAGGGCGGUACUGGAGCUCUCGCGACAGGUGCGCACAAACGUGAACGCACUUGAAUCAAGGUACAAGGACUUCAAGCUGAAAGUUUCCAGUGUUUCAUACCCGUGGCUUGUACGCCAUUCAGCAUGGCAAUUGACCAGAUUCCUGGUGAAGGCAGAUGGGAAAACCCCAUAUGAACGACUCAAAGGUCGCGAAUACAAAGGUGAAGUUGUAGAGCCAUUUGAAACUGUGCACUACAAACUUGCGCAAGACGCCAAAGGCAAGCUGGACGCUCAGAGCGCCAUUGGCAUUUGGGUUGGAAAAUCCCUGCAAUCCGACGAACACUAUGUCGGAACAGCAGACGGCAUCCGUCGCUGCAGAAGUGCAUGGCGCAGGCCAGAAGGGCGACGAUGGGAGCUGAAAAGAUUCGAGGCUCUCAAGGGCGUUCCGUGGCAACCCAAAGGCGAGCCAACCUUGAUGCCAGGAGCCCCAGGCACACCAAGGAUUGCAGCGCCAGGAACACCAAGCGGACGCGCCCGAGGAGUGUACAUCACAGUGGAACGGCAGAUUCGCCAUGGAUCCACAGAAGGAUGCCCAGGCUGUCACAGCUCAGACGACAACCCAAAGCCACACAAUGCAACAUGCCGAGCAAGAUUCGAAAAGAUCAUCGCCGAAGAGCGAGCGAAGGCACAACAAGGCGAAGGAAGUGCCAGCACGCAAGUUGAAGACUUGGAAGCGCCAGUGACCGACAAUUCCUCGUCAUUGUAUCGCGACAAGCGAGAGGCAGCGGGAACCGCCGCGCCUCAGGGAGUUGCGGGAGACUCCGCACUCUCAAUCGCACCAAGGAUCGCGGGAAGACCCGCAUCCUCAGCUGAUCCUGCGGGAAGCACCGCGGCUUCAGCAAGUGCCAAAAGACCCACAGAGGGCACACAAGAAGCCCAAAAGAGGCUGAAGGCACCAGAUCCAAAGGGAAGCAAACGAAACCCUGAGGUCAGUGUCCAAGAGCUGCAAGACGCAGAAGACAUCUCAACAUUGCUGCUACAGCAAGACGAAAGCACGCAUGCAGAAGAGAAAGGCACUUUGCCUACACUCCAUGACGUGCCACUCGCAGCAAUUUUUGAGGAUUCCCUCCUCGUCGGAUACCCAGAGUGGGGAAAUGUGACAUCAGCUUUCGACGAAAGAUCAGGCGAAGCGCUGCCUCUUGAAAAGAUGAUCGAGCACAAUGUCAAAACUGACAUUACGUGGGAGGAGGCCAGACGACGUGGAUUGAAGAUAGUCCGUAGUCGCUGGGUCGACGGAUGGAAAACCAUCGACGGAGAUCCAAGAGGUGUGAGGAUGAUUUUGUCCUGUGCGGCAACCAAACGCAAAGGACAACAUCAGCACGACAAGCUGAUCGGACGUUACGACGUCAGUGUGGCAUUCUUCCAUGCCACAUCCACCGGCAAAAUCGCCGUGGUACCGCCGGAUGAUCUCAACGAUCAAAGACACCUAUGGUAUCUCAACAAGGCAAUGAAUGGAACUCGCGAAGCGAGUCGCCAAUGGUCCGAGUUUGUAGACGGAACUGUGACCAGGAAAGGCGGAUUCAGCAAUGUGCCAGUCACAAUGAGUUGUCAUGGGGACGACUUUCUGGCCGAAGGCCGAGCGGAAGAUCUCGACAAAUUGGAUGAGUUCAUGCUGCAACAUUUUGAAAUCAAAGUGUUGCCGCGAAUCGGCAAUCCUGAGCACGGAGGUCAGUGCCUGGAAGGAGACCAUCUGCGCAGAGCAAUCAGGUGGACAAAAGAAGGGUUCACUUGGGAAGCAGAUCGCAAAUACGUCAAGCUUUUGACAAAAGAGCUUGGGCUGGAAGGAGCAAAAGGAGUUGACACUCCGAGCUCAAAACUGACAGGUGCUGGCUGCAGAACCAGCGACAAGCCGCUAGACGCAGCGGAAGCCUCAAGAUUCAGACAUCUUGCAGGGACAGCUCUUUACUUGAGCUUGGGUAGACCUUCUAUCCAGUACGCGUUGUCAGAAAUCACUGCCGGAAUGGCAAAGCCGUGUGAAAUCCACAUGUUGCGACUCAAAAGACUUGGUCGCUACUUGUUGAAGUUUCCGACGGAGACUUGGCUUUUCGCCUUACAAGAAGAACCUGAAGAGUUCCAGGUUUACACAGAUUCUGAUUGGGCAUCAGAUGCAGUCACGCGCAGAUCAAUGUCCUGCCACAUGGAGCGAUUUGGUGAGCAUCUGCUAGACAGUGGAUGCGCCAAACAGUCAACAGUUGCACUUUCGUCGGGAGAAGCAGAGUACUACUCCUUGACAAGAGGAGCUGCAAUCGGACUGCUGACCAAGCACAUCUUACAAUGUGUAGGGUUCAAUCGAGUCAAACAGGUCAUGCUGACCGACUCGACAGCAGCGAAAGGCAUCGCCCAACGUUCGGGCACAGGAAAGGUCAAACACCUUAGCAUCCGUGAGUUAUGGUUGCAAGAGAAAGUCCGUGCAAGAGAACUAGCUGUGCGGAAAGAAAGCACAACAACGAACUGGGCUGAUUUGGGCACGAAGUCUCUAACAGGCCCAAGAAUCAGCGAACUGGUUCAAAUUAUGCCACUCUGCAGGAGAGGCAUUGUUGUAGCAUGCCUGCUGUGUAUGAUGAACUGCGCAGCAGCACAGCCAGAGGAUGAAGAGAAGGACUCAAGCAUCUUUAGCUUUGUGCUCUAUAUGUUUGUGGUUCACAUCCUUGCACUAUACGGGCUGUUUUCAGCCGUGAGAAGAAGGUUCAUGAGAGAAGAAGUCUGCGAGAAGAUGAUUCAAACAGAUGAGAUCAGGGCAGACAACAGAACUACGCAGACAUCCACUGCGCAGAGCACCGCAAGUUCUUCAACAUCCAUGCCAGUAUCAGGGCAUGGAGGGGAACAAAGACAGAAUCCAAAAGCAAAGCCAAAACCAAAAGCCGAAGCGAGAGAACCACAAGAUGACCUAGUGGCUAUACUUGGAGGCGGUGUACGGUAUCAUCGCAUGAGCUGCGGAAUGGUGAGAGCUUUCCGUGGUAAUGUACAGAACUGCCGCAGGUCACUAGCUGUUGAACGUGGCUACACGCCAUGUAAACAGUGUGGUGGUUGA